GUGUGGGUGUCAGCGGGUUGGUUGGGCUUGUGUUUACAGCUCGGCUGGUUGGAGCUGUUGGCUGCUGAUGUUUUGGGGAAAGUGCAAUGUUUUGCAAACCGCCAUUGGAAUAAAUAUAACCGUGGGAAUAAAGGGUCUAGGUUAUUUGUGGUUGCAGUGGCAGGCAGGACAGGGGGACAGCUGUCAGCCGUGCUCUGAGGAGUGCACGCAAUGUGAUUUAGCUCAUCAUCUCCCACCGCUUUCUCCUACCGUCUUCCAUUCAUGAGCAGCGUGGCUGAGUUUAACAGCAGCAGCCAUGGAUGACAAAGGCUCAGUGGGGAAGAUUAGCGUGUCUUCGGACUCAGUGUCCACUCUCAACAGUGAGGACUUUGUCCUUGUGUCCCGGCUGGGGGACGAGACACCCUCCUCCACUAAUAAUGGUAGUGAUGACGAAAAGACAGGACUGAAGGUGAUUUCUGAGGAAGGGGUCAGCUUUAAGAUUGUGGGGAAUGGAAGUGAGCAGCAGCUUCAGAGGGAGUUAGAGGAUGUCCUCAUGGAAUCGUCAGUAGUUGCCACUGGCCUCAAAUCAGAAACCGGAAUGGACAACCUUGGUGGUGGCGACCAUGGCCCUCGUCCUACUACAGUGUCACCUGUACCAGCAGGCUCUGACCCUCUGAGCUCACCACCGCUCAAGUUGGAGAUGGUGCUUCCUGUUCAGACGGCUCAGGAGAGUGAGCUGAAUGAGAGGUCGUAUCGAGCAGCAGAUGAAUCAUCAUCAGAUGGCAGUCCUGGCAGUCCCAUCCAAGAUGAAGACAGCGUUGUGUUCAGCCAGCUGACAUAUCUUGGGUGUGCCUCAGUCAACGCCCCCCGCAGUGAGGUGGAGGCCCUCCGUAUGAUGAGUAUCCUCAGAGGGCAGUGCCAACUCCCCCUGGAUGUCACACUGUCUGUGCCAGGCGUGUCCGAAGGCACUGUCAGGUUGCUGGACCCCAACACCAGUACAGAGAUCGCCAACUACCCUAUCUACAAGAUUCUGUUCUGUGUGCGAGGCCAUGAUGGCACACCAGAGAAUGACUGCUUUGCCUUCACUGAGAGCCACUACAAUGCUGAGAUCUUCAGGAUCCAUGUGUUCCGCUGCCAAAUCCAAGAAGCGGUGAGUAGAAUACUGUACAGCUUUGCCACAGCGUUUCGGCGGUCAGCUAAGAAGGCAGUUCUGUCAUCUCAGCAGCCUGCUCCACUCACCCCUGACAGUGACUUGUUUACCUUUACCGUCAGUCUGGAAAUCAAAGAGGAUGAUGGCAAGGGUACCUUCAGUGCUGUAGCAAAAGACAAGGACAAGCAGAGCUUCAAGCUACGUGCAGGAUUGGAUAAGAAAAUUGUAAUUUAUGUCCAGCAGACAUCCAAUAAGGAACUGGCAAUUGAGAGGUGUUUUGGUCUCCUGCUCAGCCCAGGGAAAAAUGUGAAGAACAGCGACAUGCACCUGCUAGAUCUGGAGUCAAUGGGAAAGAGUUCCGACGGGAAGUCUUACAUCAUCACAGGAAGUUGGAACCCCAACACGCCUCAGUUCCAACCUGUGAAUGAGGAAACGCCCAAAGAUAAAUUCAUGUACAUGACAACAGCAGUGGACCUGGUGAUCACAGAGGUGGAGGAGCCAGUCCGUUUUCUGCUGGAGACAAGGGUCAGAGUCUGCUCCCCGAAUGACAGGCUGUUCUGGCCAUUCAGCAAGCGUAACUACACUGAGACCUUCUACCUUAAACUACGACAGAUGGAGCGUAAGGAGCGUAAGAGUCCUGCCUCUGACACACUUUAUGAGGUGGUGAGUUUGGAAAGUGAGACUGAGAGAGAGAAACGGAAGACCACAGCUAGUCCUGGCAUCCUGCCCACCGGGACUGGUACCACUGUCCCUUCACCACCUGAGGAUGAUGAAGAGGAAGAUAAUGAUGAGCCUUUACUCAGCGGGUCAGGUGAUGUUUCCAAGGAGUGUGCAGAGAAGAUCCUGGAGACCUGGGGGGACUUGUUAUCCAAAUGGCAUUUGAACUUAUCAGUGCGUCCCAGGCAGCUGCCAGCUUUGGUACGGAGUGGCAUCCCUGAGGCUCUCCGUGGGGAGGUGUGGCAGCUCCUGGCAGGCUGCCAUAACAAUGACCACCAGGUAGAAGAGUACCGCACUCUUAUUACAAAGGAAUCCCCUCAGGACAGUGCCAUUACCAGGGACAUUAACAGGACAUUCCCAGCUCAUGACUACUUCAAAGACACCGGAGGAGAUGGACAAGACUCCCUUUACAAGAUCUGCAAGGCUUACUCUGUUUACGAUGAGGAGAUCGGUUACUGCCAGGGACAAUCCUUCUUGGCUGCUGUGCUAUUGCUGCAUAUGCCAGAGGAGCAGGCUUUCAGUGUGCUGGUCAAAAUCAUGUUUGAUUACGGGCUCAGGGACCUUUUCAAGCAGAACUUUGAAGAUCUACAUUGCAAGUUCUUCCAACUUGAGAGACUCAUGCAGGAAUAUAUACCAGACCUGUACAACCAUUUCCUGAAUGUGGGUCUGGAGGCUCAUAUGUAUGCCUCUCAGUGGUUCCUCACCCUUUUUACAGCCAAGUUCCCUCUUUACAUGGUCUUCCACAUUAUUGACCUGCUACUGUGUGAGGGAAUCAGUGUGAUCUUCAAUGUGGCCUUGGCACUUCUGAAGACAUCAAAAGACGAUUUGAUCCAAACAGACUUCGAAGGUGCACUCAAAUUCUUUCGCGUCCCCGUUCCGAAGAGGUACCGCUCUGAAGAAAACGCGAAGAAACUGAUGGAGCUGGCCUGUAGCAUAAAGAUCAGCCAGAAAAAGCUGAAGAAAUUUGAGAAGGAGUACCACACCUUGAGGGAGCAGCAGGAGCAACAGGAGGCCCCAAUCGAGAGAUAUGAGCGGGAGAACCGUCGUUUGCAAGAGGCUAACAUGCGUUUGGAACAGGAGAAUGACGAUCUGGCACAUGAACUAGUCAGCAGCAAGAUAGCCCUGCGCAAAGACCUGGACAAUGCUGAGGAGAAGGCAGAUGCCCUGAAUAAAGAGUUGCUGCUGACCAAACAGAAACUGGUGGACUCUGAGGAUGAGAAGAGACGACUGGAGGAAGAAUCUGCGCAGCUAAAGGAGAUGUGCAGACGAGAGCUUGAUAAGUCUGAAUCAGAGAUAAAGAAGAACGGCUCCAUUAUUGGAGAAUAUAAGCAGAUCUGCUCCCAGCUGAGUGAACGACUGGAGAAACAACAGACAGCCAACCGAGGAGAACUGGAGAAAAUCCGGUCCAAAGUGGAAGGCUGUGAGAAGUGCAGUAGUCUUUUCAACAAAGAAGGUCGUGUGCGGGCCGCUGUGACCACAGCACCUGCUGGGGGGACUGAGGAGACAGAUGAGGAGAAAGAGGGUUUAAAGAACCAGCUGAGAGAGAUGGAGCUGGAACUAGCCCAGACCAAACUGCAGCUGGUGGAGGCUGAGUGCAAAAUCCAGGACUUGGAGCACCACCUUGGUCUGGCCCUCAACGAAGUGCAGGCUGCCAAGAAGACCUGGUUCAACCGAACGCUCAGCUCUAUCAAGACCGUCACUGGGUCCCAGGGCAAGGAGACCACCUAACCUUAUAACCCCAUCCCCCAGUUUUACCCAGACCAUGUCUGGAGCUCAGUGCAACGCACUUCCCUGAAACCUCUGGACGCCUAACUUAACCCACCGGGCCAUAACUUUAACAUUGACCGUUAAAUUCCAGGAUGACCAUUAAUACAGACUGUGUUACCUGUUCCUCUCAUCAAGAAUGUCCUCAUGUUUUCCUGUUCCCAAUGCUCCUAAUCUUAUCACCCCCAUCUAUGUAUUCUCAUCCCCACCCCAAAUGACUACAGCCAAAUGUGCUGACGAGAAGGGGUUGAAAAACAUGAUGAAGUACAAUGGUACCACUUUCGCCAGAGACACAAUGUGCUUCCAAACACAGAAAGAAAAGUGUAAAAAAAAAAAUGCUUCAUCUAUUUCUGUCUUUGUACUGCUGAUAUUAAAGACCCGCAGAAGGAAGGUAGGACAUCUGACCUGUUACUGUCCUGACGGGGUAGAGAAGAAAACACUCCGUCCUUCCAAAUUGUUCUGCGUGCUCCCCUCUUAACUACUGGCCAACUAAGUCCAUGUGUAAAAAAAUAAAAUAGUUUAAGGUACGAGAGUUAAAAGAAGCCUUUUCAAAACUGAGCUUUUUCUAAUUUACAAUUAACAAUACCUUUCUUUUUCUAUGUAUGUACAUAAAUGUGCUUAUGUAAAGAGAGUGUGUGUGUGUGUGUGUGUGUGUGUGUGUGUGUGUGUUUGUUUUUGUGUUGACUAUGAGGUGUAUGUUCAUUUAUGUGAGACUGAUGAAAAUGUGUCCUAAUGCAUAAAUAAUUGACUAAAAUUUGCUAAAAUGUGUGUGUAAAAGAGAGUGAGACAGCGUGUGAAGGUACAUGGGAAAGAAAAAAAAGCACUAAGGUUAUGAGUGUGUGCAUGCAUGUUAGGGGAAAAAAAGGUUUUCCCUGGUUGUCUAGUUUCCUUUAAUGUUUAAACGUGUAUAUGAUGUGAAAGAAAAGUUUGCUGACAAAGCCUUGAUCUGAAGGUUGAUAAAAAAUGAUACUAGUAGAUAUGAAUAUAUAAUUUACAGUAAGGAGACAUGCACAAAUGCGGUUGUGACUGCCAACAGUAGCAGCAUCACUUUCCUCGCAUCUAGUUUCAGAAAUAAAACAUGAUUAAGGUUUGUUUGGUUUAGAUGUCCCAGCACAAAGACACUAAAAAAGGAUCCAAACCAUGCAAAUCUCUGCAUGUAUUAUACAGUAUGUGUAUGUCUGUUACAACACUGUUAAACCCCAGCGUAGUACCUGUCACAAACUAUAAACAUCACUUAGGGGAAGUGUAAAGUCAAAAUGGAAAGCACACACACACAGACACAGCAGGUUGUAACGGCUGCUGCACUUUAACACAUCUUUAAAACCCCCCUGCACUUUACUCGGUCAUAGCACCUCUGGGAUGAGGUGGAAUAGGAUAACCACAGCACAAUUAUCUUGCAGCUUCCAAAAAUCUGCAGGAAUAGUUUGACUUUAUCAAACCAGCUCCCCGCAAAAUCCACACCUUGUUGCAUUCUUGCCUCAAAUAAUUGAAUGUGAUCAAGAGGAAAAAUCAUGUUACUCAGUAAUGAGAGAGUAGAAAUUUUGAAGUGGCCACUGAGUGUAUACAAACACUGUUGUGAAUGUAGAGGCAGAAAAGACACACACACACUUACACACUUUUAAGCAGCCAGAAGUGAAACUCUGCACGUUAAAUGUGGGUCAGUAUCGCAGGAGUUCCACCGUCAGUCACAGCCUUCAGAGGCAUGUCAUCUGAGGUUGGCAGCAUGUCUAGCUGAAAUGCACUCUAAAUCAGUCCACGGGGGGGGGUUAAAAAGGGCUUGCUUGUGUGUGUGUGUUUUCAUAUUUAGCUGACUAGAAAGGGGGCUCAACAAUAUUCCAAUUUCUAUUCAUACUCUACUGAUCAGAUUAGACUGACUAAAAAUAAACUGAUAAAGCUAUAUUUCUUUUGCCAGCCUAAAAUGAAGGUGGAAUCUGAUUGGCUGAAAUCUACUGGUGAUGUCAGAGGAAAUGUCCAAUUGAAGUUGAAAGAAACAAAAAGAACAUUACUCUAAAGGCACUGGCUUGUAUAUAACAAAGAAUUUGAGUUUAUGUGUAUGAUUUUCUACUCUGUAACUAUAACUAAUGUUGCCUACUUGUACCUACCAAUCUGCUGCCGUGCUACAGUUUAAUCCACAACAAUGUUAUGUUUUUAGUGUUUAUUUUGCUCUAUGCUUCUCAAUCAGACUGCCGCUUGGUUAAUAAAAUGCCAAAACGUAGCUUGAUCAUACAACAGCAAAAACAUUAUCAACAUGUGGAGAUGUCAUAGUGUAGGAUGCAUUGUGUAUACUUCAUGGAUUUCAAUAUAAAGAUACCAACA